AUGCCAUUGUCUCAUUCAACAAUAGGCCCGCUUCAGAGGCUGUUCCAUACUUUGAGCAGAUAGGCCCACUAUUUAGUCAACUAAUGCCUAUGAUGGAGGCAUCACCUGUAUACUCCGUGGCAAGAGAUGCAUCAGGGGGCGCAUGGAAGGCUCUAUUUUAUUUAGCUGGAGGUUUGAUACAAGAGUAUGAUCGAGAAGCUAUGGCAUCUGUGAGCAAAUUUGUCGAUCAGUUACCCUCUGUAAUGAAUCAGGUUACGGAAGGUGUAUCUGAAUUCAAACCAACGCCGCCUGAGAACCGUGAAUUCUGCAAGAACUCCUACAGUGUGCCAAAUACAUUAUUGGUGAAAUUCAGUGUUGAUGCUAUUGAUGAUACAGACAUAAUUGAGAACAUCUUGCGGCCUCGGGUAGAAUCAAUUAAUGGACAAGUAAAGAAGGUCACACUGUCAGGAACACAUCUAACUCCAUGUAUACAGGAUGUUAAAUGGCAGGCUGGUUCACAAUACACUCCAGCAGAUGCUCUGGCGCAGGGUUUAAAAUCGUUAGCUCUCAAUGAGACCAGGGUCCUCUCAAGAACUAUCGCUGAUUGGUUCAGAUCCAUUUAGAACCUUGGAUUCUUAAUUAUUGUAUGACCAUUGAAGUUCAGAAUGCUGCUUACGAAGAACUGGCUGAUGCAAUUGGCUGGGUGUGGAGCAGUGGAGGUUGCCUUUGCAAGGACACAUAAGAGUAAAUGUUAUUGCACCGACGGCUCUAAGAGAGAUGCAUUUGGACCGAAUUGAGUACGUCUAUCGUGCAAGCUCACCGGCAGUCCGUACUAGUAUUAUUAUCUGAUCAAGAUUUGGAGGUUUGGGCCAAGUCUUGGGACCCUAGUCAGACUGUGCAAUGCAUUUGACCCAAAUACCAGGA